CUCUUGCUUGUCUUCUCAGUUUCUCCGAAGCCGGCAUCGACUUCGCUUGCAUCUCAAGGUCGAGUGCUCCUCCAAUGGAAAGCCAGCCUCCGAAGCCAACAAUCACUCCGAUCUUGGAACCUCAGCACCAGCCCAUGCAGCUGGAGUGGCAUAACCUGCAGCCUCCGGCGUCACAGGGUGAUCACCGAAGUUAAUCUGCCGAGCAUGGGUUUGGAUGGGCCACUCCACACUCUCAACUUCUCCGGCUUGCCAUCACUGACCGGCCUCACUCUCAUGUUCAACAGGCUCAGCGGGGAGAUCCCUCCCAGCAUCUUCACUCUCUCUGAGCUCAUCUCUUUUGAUGUCCAAGGAAACGACAUCACGGGGACGAUCCCAGCCAGGAUCAGUUCUCUCACGAAGCUGAGAUCCUUAAAUCUCAGUGGAAAUAAGAUUAGUGGCUCCAUCCCUCUUUCGUUAGGCAACAUGACAAGCCUCGACUUCCUCAUCCUGUCCGGAAAUGGCUUCUCAGGAAGCAUUCCUGAAGAAAUAGGGGAUCUCCAGAAUCUCCAAGAGUUGGAUCUCUCAGCGAACUUUCUCACGGGAUCUAUUCCUCAAAGCCUGGGUAAUUUGUCUCGACUCUCCUUGUUGGAUCUCUCUCUGAAUCAUUUAUAUGGAUCCGUUCCUCCAACGUUGGGAAAUCUCCAAAAGCUUCUUGUCUUGAGCAUCUCCGAUAAUACUCUCACGGCUUCAAUUCCUGCCAGUUUGGGUAACUUGACUAGGCUUAUCAAGUUGAAUCUUUGGGGUAAUCACCUCUCUGGGCCCAUCCCUCAUGAAGUAGGGAAUCUUGUCCGGAUGACAAAUCUAGUGCUUGCUCAUAAUAGUUUACUGGGUUCCAUCCCCCUCUCCCUAAGAAAUCUUUCGAAGCUUAGCACACUUUAUCUCUUCAACAAUCACAUCUCUGGCACGAUUCCUGCUGAAUUAGGCAAUCUUGUCGAGCUGAGAGACAUAGAUCUAUCACAUAAUCUAUUGACUGGUUUCAUCCCUUCCACCCUGGGAAAUCUAGCUAGACUAAGGAACCUGAUCCUUUCUUAUAAUGAACUCUCCGGUCCCAUCCCUUCUACUUUAGCUAACAUGACCUCUCUGAUACUAUUAGACCUCAGCAAUAACCAAAUUUCCGGCUGCAUCCCACCAUCUUUUGCAAAUCGAAGUCUAGAAGAACUAUCAGUGAUCAAUAAUAGUCUCUCCGGAUCGGUCCCAAACCUUACGAAAUUGGUUUCUCUGAAACUGGCAUACAAUGACCUCUCUGGGCAUCUGCCACCAGAUGUAUGCAGAGGAGGAAAGCUUCAGCAUUUCACCGUAGCCUAUAACAAGUUUCACGGGCCGAUACCAGAGAGCUUGAGAAACUGUUCAAGCUUAGUGCGGGUUCGAUUGGACAGGAACAACCUCACCGGAGACCUCUUCGAUCACUUUGGAGUCUAUCCUAAUAUGAGAUAUAUUGACUUGAGCUACAACAGGUUAUCAGGAAUGCUUUCACCGGAAUGGGGAAGUUGCUCAAACUUGACGAGCUUAAGAAUAUCCAACAACAGAUUAAAUGGAACCAUCCCAUCUGAGAUUGGGCAAUCAACUCGGCUGGGAGCGCUGGACCUUUCUUCAAACCAUUUAGUUGGCGAGCUUCCCAAGAACUUAUGCAACUUGAUCUCUCUUAUAGAGCUGAACAUAAGCAGCAACCAGAUAUCAGGAGAGCUUCCAUCGGAGAUCGGAAAACUACUCAAGCUGAAGAGACUGGAUGUUUCAGGCAACAACUUCAGUGGGGUGAUUCCGGAAGAAAUAGGUGGAUGCAAACUGCUAAUAUCAGUAGAUAUGAGCAACAAUAGCUUCAGCGGAAGCAUUCCUUACGAAUUCGGUCAGCUGGUAGACCUUCAGGAACUGCUAGAUCUGAGUCAGAACUCCUUUAGUGGUCAUAUUCCAUCUCAAUUAGGCCAGCUGACACUGCUGCAGAUCCUCAACCUUUCCCACAAUAAUUUGGCAGGCCGUAUCCCACCUUCUUUAAUCAACAUGGCAAGCUUGUCAGCCUUGGACGUAUCUCACAAUGAACUUGAAGGUCCUGUCCCCGAUGGCCAGCUUUUCCGAAGGGCUCCAAUGUCGUGGUUCACUGGAAACAGGGGCUUGUGCGAUGUCGUUGCUGGUCUGCCUUCAUGCAGUUCAUCCCCAGCUAGAGAGACUCCCAACGUGAUUCUUUUGACCGGUAUGGCUGUCCUCGGAGCCUUACUUCUCUUCUUCCUCUUUGUUGGAUUCGCAGCACGGCUGAUGAAAAGAAGGAAGCAAAUAGCAAAUGCUUCAAGUCAAACGGGUGGAAGUGCGUUCUCCAUAUGGAAUUUUGAUGGGGGAGAUGCAUACGACGAGAUCAUAAAGGCAACCGAAAACUUCGAUGAUGAGUACUGCAUUGGCAAGGGAGCAUGUGGGAGUGUUUACAGAGCUACACUGUCAACCGGAGAAGUAGUAGCAGUGAAGAAACUACAGCAGCCAGAUACCGAAAUAUCAUGGCAGCAUUUCCAGAACGAAGUACAAGCGCUGACUCAAGUCCGGCAUCGAAAUAUCGUGAAGCUCUUCGGCUUCUGCUCCACUCCUCGGCACAAAUUUCUUGUGUGCGAAUACAUGGGCAGAGGAAAUUUAGCAGAUAGCCUACAGGAAGAUGCAACUGAGUUAGAUUGGGUCAAGAGGGUCAGUAUCAUCAAGCAUGUGGCGUGUGCUCUGUCUUAUUUGCACCAUGAUCUUAUUCCUCCCAUCGUGCACCGAGACGUAACAAGCAACAACAUCCUUCUCGAUUCAGACUUCAAGGCUUGCCUAUCGGACUUCGGAAUAGCUAGAACCCUGAACCCUGCGGCUUCAAAUUGGUGCUCGCUUGCUGGUACACGAGGAUACAUGGCACCAGAACUUGCUUAUUCGAUGAGGGUGACCGAGAAAUGCGAUGUAUAUAGCUUUGGAGUCGUGACCCUUGAGGUCCUACUGGGGAGACAUCCAGGCGAUCUUAUCUCUAGCUAUCAUGAUGAAGGUAACGCGAUGAGAGAGAUGCUCGACCCACGUCUUCCACUUCCUCCACCUGAAGUUUCAGGUGCAGUCUCUACGGUGGUCAAGAUUUCACUCCGGUGCUUGCAUAGCAAUCCGGUGUGUCGUCCGACGAUGCAGCAUGUAUCCAAUGAGUUGUGUGCCAUCAAGUAA